AUGGAAAAGCUGAAGGGAAAAGACACAAAAUCUGCCCUACAGCCACUGCAUGCUAUUGAAGAAGAAGACGCGUUUUUAGCUCUCUCCGUAACGCACACGCUGGCAGCCACGUCGGAAAACGUUCCUCCGUCGAGGGUUUCGAGAGCUGUGUUUGAGAUGAUGAAAGCCGUUGGAACUGACGGUCUCGUGGCGGGUCAAGCGGCGGAUCUGGCCGGAGAGAAGAUGGUUUUGGUGGAAAACGAUAAAAGAUUGGAGUAUCUUGAGUUUAUACAUAUUCAUAAAACGGCGGCGUUGCUCGAAGCGCUGGUCAUGGGAUGUAUAGUGGGAGGUGGGUCUGAUGAGGAGGUUGAGAGACUUCGAAGAUAUGCGAGAUGCGUUGGGUUGAUGUAUCAGGUGGUGGACGAUGUGCUUGAUGUAACGAAGUCGUCGGAGGAGCUAGGGAAGACCGCUGGUAAAGAUUUGAUCGCCGGGAAGCUGACGUAUCCGAGAGUGAUGGGAGUGGAGAAGUCGAAGGAGUAUGUGGAGAAGUUGAACAGAGAAGCGUGUGAACAUCUUCAAGGGUUUGAUUCAGACAAGGUGGCUCCUCUGUGAGGCAAUUCCUCUGUUGUCUCUUGUGCUAAAUACAUUGUCAACAGACAAAAGUGACGUGGCGGAUUGUUAUUGCUUUGGAUACUCUACAAUAAUUUUUUUAGUCAAUAAAUGUAUCUUGUCGAGUAUCUUUUUCGUUUCCUUUUGUCAACAUCCGGUGAAAG